AGCCCAUCACGCACUUAAGUGCUUGCACGUUAAACUGCUCACCUCUUGCCUCAGUUGUGAAGGGGAGGAAAAAUAAAUCUAUAGAAAUUUCCAGUAGCCCCCAAUACUGCCCAGGUACCCCAGGAGAGAGCUCUUUCCUUUGGAUUCAGGGUUCAGGUGGGGCCGCAGAAGUCCCCAGGUGAAAACCGGGACUUUAUAAUGAUUUAUACGAAAUGAAAACCAUUCGGGGUCACUCCUGGAGUCCUCCGUACCCGUUUCCCUGUCGGACGCGCCCACAAGCACGGCGGGGAUGCCACUGCCACCUCCAGCUGCCAGCUCGGGGGCAGCGGGGCUGGCGAGUGGGGCGCGCCCAGGUGCGCCGGGACGCGCCCGGGCGGGCGGAGCCGCCGCUGCCGACCGCGACGCUGCGGAGCCCGCGGAGGGGGCGGCCCGCAGCCAUGGGGAACCGAGAGACGCUGCCCGCCCGCCCGGCCUGCCGCACGGGUGCUGUGCUGUCUUUUGCUUGCCAUGACUCCUGCCAAGCAUGGUGCCGGAUCAUCAAUGUGUCUGAAUCCCGCUCUUCUCUCCUUGCCUCUGUGGGCGGGACUCUCAAUGAAACAAACUGGAGCAUUUCCACACCUGUGGAAAGCAAAUACCGGCUCUACAUUGGUUUGGUUUUGGCGAUAGUUUCCAGUAUAUUUAUUGGUUCUAGUUUCAUACUGAAGAAGAAAGGACUUUUGAAGCUGGCAGACAAAGGAGUCUCCCGAGCUGGACAGGGUGGAUAUUCUUAUUUGAAGGAAUGGCUUUGGUGGGCGGGAUUGUUAUCAAUGGGAUUAGGAGAAGCUGCAAACUUUGCUGCCUACGCCUUUGCACCUGCAACCUUAGUUACCCCCUUGGGUGCACUGAGUGUUCUCAUAAGUGCUAUAUUGUCAUCCUAUUUUUUAAAUGAGAAGCUGAAUAUUCAUGGAAAGCUGGGCUGUGUACUGAGCAUUUUGGGGUCAACAGUCAUGGUUAUUCAUGCCCCUGAGGAGGAGGAGGUCACCUCACUAGAUGAGAUGGAAAGCAAGCUGCAAGAUCCAGCGUUUGUUACAUUUGCUGUUCUCCUAACAGUUGUUGUCCUCGUGCUGAUUUUUAUUGUGGCUCCAAGUAGAGGUCAAACAAAUAUACUGAUCUACAUUUUAAUUUGCUCCCUCAUUGGUGCCUUCUCUGUCUCAUCUGUGAAAGGCCUGGGCAUUGCCAUUAAACAAAUGCUGCAGCAGAAGCCAGUUUAUCGACAUUCAUUGGUUUACAUUUUGUUGGGCACCUUAGUGCUCUCAGUCAGCACUCAGAUCAACUAUCUCAACAAAGCAUUGGACGUGUUCAAUACAUCUCUAGUGACACCUCUUUAUUACGUGUGUUUCACCACGACAGUUGUGACAUGUUCCAUCAUCCUGUUCAAGGAGUGGAGUAGUAUGGACUUGGGUGAUAUCAUUGGAACCCUGAGUGGAUUUUGUAGUAUCAUCAUAGGCAUUUUUCUAUUGCACGCUUUCAAAAAUACUGUUGUCACCUGGAGUCAGUUGAUGUCCGCUGUUACCAAAGAACCAUCAUUACCACACCAUGAAUACGAAACCUGUCACACUUUAUUGGAGAGCAUGGAAGACCAAGCUUUGGCAUAUGAGGAGGACAAUGUUUUAUUCAGUCAAUGAAACUCUCAAGCAGUGUUCAUCAUUGGAAGUAUUGUGAAUUGCAGACUCAACCCACCCGUGUCUACCAGAAUGCUCUUCUUUCCUGCAGUCCUCUGGAAAACUGUCUGUAAGGCCACUUAAGUGUGGGCUACCCCUUUGUGUGCCAGCUGUUGGUAGUGAUGAAUGAAAAUGUUCAAUAAUUGACAUGACAGACACCUGAUGGUGAUCGUAUGUCAGGCAAUGAACAACCUUGUCCUUUUUUAUGCAGCAUCUCCUAUUGGAGAAUUUCAGCAGAAAAGAAUGGUCCUUGUAAGAUAUAUUUACAAAGUGCAAUUUUGCCAUCAUGAUAAAAGAUAAUCCUUGCUGAAGUCACAAGCACUCUCCUGUUAUCUUAGUGAUGGCCUUAAUAUUUCAGGCUUUCUUUAUAUGUUUGUAGUUUAUUGCCGAGCAAACUUGUAGAUAGUCUACCCGAAGGAUAUUAAUUGGAGAUAUAAUACGAAGAAAAUAUUGUUUAAGCCCUUUAGCUUUUAGUAUAAAAUUUUAUGCAAGUUUUUUUGAUUUUUGAUGACCUACCAGGGAAACUUGAAUAGAAGUCACCAAAAAUUUCUGCAAUGCGGUUCUUGGUAACCGUUCUUCUUCAAAAUCCAGUUUUUAACAAUAGUCUUAGCUCUUCUACCUUAGGAGUCCUGAACUCAUUGCAAAUCCCUAGAUGUGCAUGUACCUUUUUAUUUUAAAACUAUGACAAGGUUACAUUUUAAGAAAUAGCAACUUCAUUAGAGGCCUGAACAGUUGCUGUUGGCUUAAAAAAAAAUUAUGUAAGGUAAAAAAAGUAAAUUAUUCAAAGGCAGAAGAAAACCAGAAUGUGCGUGUAAGAAUUUCAACUCUGUUUUAUACUAAUUUGAGACUUAAGAAGGAGCUUUACUUAUUUCUAUACUUCUUUCUAAUAUCGCUGUUUAUUCAUCAAAACCCAUUUAAGCGUUUCAUUUUUUUUUAUCGUUUUCCAGAAAUAUCUAAUUGUUUCUUAAGAGCAAAACAGUCUGGUUAUUUAUAUUCACUUAUAAAAGCAAAAUCCAUUUUCCAAUCCUCGAGCUCUUUCUAGAAAUACUAGGUAGAGGAAGGGCUGUAUGCGAGGGCUGAGAAACAUCAAAACAUGUUGUUGUAGUUUGGCCUUUUCAUCUUUUCUGAAAAUGAGUAUUCACUUCUAUUAGAUGUUUUAGCUAUUAAUCUAGUGUAGGCUUGAAGGUUAGUAUCUGUACCACAGUGUGAUCCUCAGUUGUGGUCACUGAUUGUAUUAGGUUUGCGUGGCAAGGUUUUAGUAGCAGGGGGGCCACAGGGGUGUUUUCUGUGAGAAGCUACUAGAAGCUUCUCCCAUGUCCAACAGAGCCAAUGCCAGCUGGCUCCAAGAUGGACCCACCACUGGCCAAGGCUAAGCCCAUCAGCAACAGUGGUAGCACCUCUGGGAUAUCAUAGUUAAGAAGGGGGAAAAAACAAACAAACAAACAAAAACCAACUGUGAGAAUAUGUGAGAUGAACAACUCUGCAGACACCAAGGUCAGUGAAGAAGGAGGGCAGGACAUGCUCCAGGUGCUGGAGCAGAUUCCCCUGCAGGCUGUGGUGCAGGCCAUGGUGAGGCCGGCUGUGCCUCUGCAGUCCAUGGAGGUCCAUGGUGGAGCAGAGACCCACCUGCAGCCCAAGGAGGACCCCACACCAGAGCAGAUGGAUGCCCAAAGGAGGCUGUGACCCUGCAGGAAGCCUGCGCUGGAGCGGGAUCCUGGCAGGACCUGUGACCCUAGAGAGAGAGAUAAAAAGAGUAAUUUUCUUUACAGUUUGCCUUUUAACAAAAACUUACGUUGCUUUUGACUGUGAAUUACUCAUACAAUUUAAGGAAUAGCUGAAAAAAAUAUUGGUUGACCCUAAAAAGAGAAAAAAAAUCCUUUUGCAUAGCUGAUGGCCCCUCUGUUUGCUUAUACAGCCACCACUGUGGUGUGACCAAAAGGGUUGUUUGUACAAAAAAGCAACCAGUUCAGUUCUUGAAUGGAUGUUUGGCGUUUUUAAAACGUAUGUGGUUAUACUUCCUUUGAGAAGGGUCUGCACUUUUUUAUACCAAGUCUGUUCUCUUUUUAUAUCAACUCCUGGCAGUUGAUUAACUUGCACCAAGUAAAAAAAUCUGUAUUUUCUAUUGGACCUGCAUAUCUGCUUUUGUACAUAAAUAACAUUUACUAGGAAAACAAUAUUAUUUUCUUACAAUGUCAGAGAACCAAAGUUAAUGCUUAUUUUCAUGGUGUACAGGAAGUCUGUCAUGUUAAGAAGGAAAUUAUUGGUUAUCAUUUUGUAUAAAAAAACAUUUGCUAUAAGAGAGAUUAUUUUUGAAACUGUUUAUAUUUCAUUAUUAAUUUGAAAUAAUUUUGUUUUUAGUGAAAUUAUGCUAAUAUAUCUGAUAAAUUAUUAAUUGUUAUGUACUAAAUGAACUGUGUUUUUUUAAAUGAAGGAUAAAGAGGAGUGCAAUUCUUAUUUCUGGUAAGCAUUUAUACACUAUCUGAUCGAUCCAAAGUGAAUAAUCUUUAUUUUAGCAGCUGGUCCUAUGCACACAUAAGUGGAUACUAGAUGAAGCUCUGGCUGAUGUCCUUGCAGUUCGUGUGCAUCUGACCUGAUCACAACCUUAUUUUAGUAGCUUUGGCUUUUAAUAGUUUUUCUGAUAGGAAAGAAAAUUUUUUGCACCCUUAAAAAAGCCAUUGUGUGAAACUACUGUGUAUCCACCUGGAGCUAAAAAAGUCUGCAAUAUUAUGAUGGCACUGGAGGGAAGAACAUGGGGAGAUCAAGAGGGUUUAGCUUCUCUUACAGAGUUACCCAAUUUGUCCAAAUGUGUUAUUUUACCGUGGUGUUCUGUGAAAAGCAUUAGCAAGGGACAUUUAAUGCUGAUGAUUAGGAGUCAAAAUACACAGAUUUUGAGAAACAAAAAGAACAGUCAAGUGAAAAUGCCUUUCCUUCUAAACUAGGGAAGAAAAUCUGAAGCUGAUGUAUUAGGCAUCUCUUCCUCAUGGCCAAUGUCAAUGAAGAGUAUUUCAGUGAUCUGUCAGGUUUUCCAGGCACUGAAACGAAGGGUAUUAUCUAAAGUAAUUUGAAGUGGUUUGGAAAGAAGGGGGGAUGGAUAAGAGCUAGAACAAAGAAAACCUCAGAGGCAAUACAUUGUUAACCAAAUAAUGGCUUUUAAAUGCUGAUACAAAAGUAAUCUUGGUAGCUAUUCAUUACGACCAUACCUCAGGACAAAUGAAUGGGCAAUUAAAUUUAUUGCAUGGCUGCACUGACCAAAUGCAGGUAGGUCAAGAAGAGCUGGAUAGGUUAAAUAACCUGUAGGGAGUUUGUAAGGAAGUACAUAGGUUAUGAGUUUCUAUAGAAAUUCGUUCUGCCAUCUUCCUUUAUCUGUCUUCACAGCUGUACCUAAAAUAGUCAUACUAUAAAAAAUUUUUGUCCCAAAGAGCACUGAUUCAAAACUUCCACCUUUUUACUUGUCAUGGUUGCAUCCUGCAGCUGUAUGGGAAAUUAUACACUUCUGGCAAACACCAUUCUCAUGCUGUUUGAAUGCCAGCAGAACAAAACUAGUGUGUUAGAAAAUACUCUUUUAGUAGAGCGGGUUUCCCGUAGCUGACUCCUUUGUGGCAGGUUUUAAAAUGGUGCUGAGGUUCAGAACAGGACAGGGAGGCUGAGAGGGAGCCAGGCUGGGUGCGUGAGGGAGAGGUGGUGGUGGUGGUGAUGGGGGUCAGUGGAUCUGCAAGGCUCCCUGUUUGUGAAACUUUGCGCGGGGGUGGAGGAGGUUGGUCGGAAAACCAAAUGGCACUGCAGAGAAAUGUCACCAGACCUGUAUGCGCAAGUAAUUUAUCUGCUUUUUUUUUUUUUUGUCGGGAGUACUUUUGAUGAGAGAAGUCAUUUCACUUCCUGAAAAUACAUCCCAGUUGGUUAACAAUGCUGGCUUGCUGCAAGUUUCCUGGUGUUUGUUUAGGAAACAUCAGCAGAAUUUUUAUGAAUGCUGAGCACCCAUACAGCCUUUGUCCAGACAUUCCCUUUGUGGAGGUGUUAUAGUGUCUCCUUCUAACCUUUACGGCUCUUUCAGAUCUCGCUUUUAUCACACAGAGGUUUUAAAAAACAAAAAGACAACAGAACAGUUAACAGACAUCCGUUUGCCCACAUGUGCCUCUUUAUGGUCAGGGACAUGAGUGACAUUCACUGUUCACCAGUAUAAGUACUUUCAUAUUUUCCUGUUUGAAUAUGGUUAGAGCUUGAGCUAAGCUUAGAGACACCAUGAACACUAAGGUGGCCUACUUAGUCUUUUUUUUUAUGGGUGUAGCAGUUUUGGUAAGUAAAUACACUGUAGAUACCUGACCUUUGUCCUGUAGAUCUUUCUUACUGCCGAUUAAGCACCAAUUUGACUGACUUUUAAGCAUGUUCUAGUGUUUUUUCAUUUAUUUAUUGUCAACCUGAUGAUAGAAGCUGUUGAAUUUAUCUGUGUCAGAGUGCUAAUAACAGCCUACUCAUAAUAUUCCCAAAGCUACCUAUAGAAAUAUUAUAUUGGGAAGCUGAGGCCACGUGGGCAAGCAUUAUUGGCUCCACAUAUUAGACCAAAAUGUUUCAAGGAUGGAUGCGUAUUCACCAUGGGACAACUAAAUGAAACAGGUACGAGCAGGUUGCUUUGAGUACAUAAACCUAAUGGAGCUGCUUUUUACUGCACGAUGCUGUAGUAUAUUACAUAUUAACUCGCAGUAAUAAAUGUGGCAAAACCAGUUUUACAGGAGCUGUUGUAAAACAUGUCUCAUACAUUAUUCAAAGUCCCCAUGUACUUUUACAUUGCAGAGACAGUUUGAAUUUCAUAUUUGUAGCACAUCAUCUGCUGAAAAGUCUUGUACUUCUGUGGCCUGGGCAUAAAUAGUGGUGAGCAUAAUGCGCAGUACUGUGUUGUAUAGAUCUGUAUUUAGUCAUAGCUCUGAUAAGGAAUUGAAUGGUCAUAUAUAAGUUGAUUAUAAAAGUGAACGGCUACAUCAAUUGGUGGCAAGUCUUUAGCAGAUUGUAUGAAAUGAUAGAGAUAUCAUGCUUCACUUGAAGCAGAAAUGCCUUAAGAGUUGUUUGAAGGUUCUCCUAAACGUUCAAACAACAGGAUUAAGAACUUCCUUUCCCAAGGGACUAUCAAAAUGCCAGGAAUGGAUGUGACCCAAACAUGCCAUCUUCUGGAAAUUAAAAACUUGGGAUGAUUGAGAUGUUCCAUUUUAUUGAUGCAGUUAUUUUUUAAAUUUGAAAAGUAAAAAUCGUGCAGAAUUUAGUCAUUCUUCCGCUAGUAAGUUUUAAGGAUUUUGUCUACAAAAUGUUGUAAAACUAAAUAUUAUGAUGUAUUUAUCUAUAAAUAAUACACAAUUCAAUCACAUUUAAAAAAAAACUGUUUAUUUCUAAUGGUCUGGCCCUAUUCUAUAUUAAACAAUUAUUAACUUCA